UAGCCCAUCAUGUGGCCUUGUUGGCUUACAAACUACUUUUUGGGGGAUUUGUGGGCAAAAAUUCGUUUAGAGAUUUCGAUUUGUAGAUGCAAUUCUGAGAUCAGUUUGUGGCCAUGAAAUUUUACGAUAAUGGACGUGGUGUAAGCGUGGCUUUGUUGGAGUCAUUAAGGCUUAUAUUGGCUUGUUGUCCGAGUGGUUUUAGUGUGCUGUCCUUUGUGCGUGAACGUUGUAUGUUUUCUUCCCCUCUUUAAGCCACACUCUAAUCGAUGACUCAGCCGCGUGCUGCAGCAGGCGGCUUCUGGGCAGUCACCCCUGGUAGCCCUGGCAACUCUGGCAAGCGACAACAAAUGGAAAUUUCAUGAAAAUAACGUUCUACAUACAUGGCACUCGGACGGAGGAGCUCUAAAAAGAAAGAGUAGGCCAGCUGUCAAGCAGUCUAAAAGCGAAGCUCAAAGUAAGUUCCGUUCCUGCCGAAUUUUGCUGUCUGCUAAAAUGUUUCAAGCCGUUGAACUGCAGUCCUGUCUGGUGCUUCAAAUGCUGCUUGAGGCGAAUGUUUAUGUGUCCGCAUUGUGGGGCCUCAACUAUUUAUUACACAUUUUCAUACAGAUGGACGAGCUGUGGAGCUUGGAUACGGCGGCCAUACUGGUCGCCUAUGUGCUGGCCAUGGGCUCGGAGACGGUGCGUUUGUAUGGUGCUUUUGUGGUGAAUCUGCGACCAGAACAUGCCUCCAUGUGGCUGCUAUUGACAGUGACGCCGUGUGUGCUGUUUCCGUCCAUGGUCUACCUGCGCCUAUCUCUGGCAGUGGACAGCCUUUACCUCUGGCCGCACUACAUGUCCUAUGCGGUGCUGGUGCUGAUAGGCCUCGAGGUAAUUGCAAUUCUGUGCCACAACAUACGCCUCGAGAUGAUUGAGACGAAUCAACAGCUGGCGGAUUUCAGGGAGCAUCGCAGAAAGGAGAAGCAGCGGAGGAUGCCGCUCGUGGCCUAAGCUUCUGAGGUUUAUUGAGGCCUCCCUCCAA